AUGGAUGAAGAGGCUGAACCAGUUGUACAAAAACCAAGGCGAGUUGCAUACCACCUAAUGGAACCUCUCCAGAAACGACUCCAAGAAUUUGUGGAACAAGACAUCAUAGAGAAAGUUCCUGAUCAAGAACCUAUAACAUGGUGUUCUCCUAUGGUUGUACAACCUAAACCAAAGAAUCCCAAUGAUAUACGCCUCAGCUUGGAUUUACGAACACUGAAUAAAUCCAUGUUACGAGCUCGCCAAGUCCAAGCACCCAUUACAGAAGAUUUUAUUACAGCGUUUAAUAAGAAUUGCCGCAUAUUCAGCAAGUUGGACCUCAAUCAUGGCUACCACCAGUUUGUCAUUGAUCCCCAGUCCAGACAAGCCAUGACAUUUUCAACGCCAUGGGGAAAUUACCGAUACAAACGUCUUGCGUUCGGGGGAGUCAACA